AGAUGGACUUUGGCCUUUGUUCACUGGCUGGUUGAAACGAUGAUGAUAUUGCAUCCUGUGAGAAAAGUGGACCCUCAGGUAUCAAGAAUUCAAUAACUGCUGUUGGUCCCCUGCCGGGAGAGUUCAUCUGAAGACUGCCCAUGGACGAUCAGUGCUUGUGUUUGCUGAAGUUCUAGGAUUCUUUUGUUUUACUGUUUAAUUUACUGGAGAGUCCAUUUUUUCCCAUGAGUCAUCGUCCACCUCUGGAAAGGUAGAGAAUCACACUCAGCGUGGUGAGAUGCUGACACUAUGAGAGGCACAUGGGAACUGAGACUGACUGAGGGUACGGCAGAUUCACGUCUCCCAUCUCAUGCUCACUCCAGGGCAUAUGCUCAUUGGGUGGAAUCACCGGCAUUAUUUACAGGUGCAAAGUAGCUCAACAUGAGUGGCCUUGGGGACAGUUCAACAGACCCUGCUAACCCUGAUUCCCGGAAGAGGAAAGGGUCGCCGUGUGAUACGUUGGCCCAGAGCAAUGAAAAGCGGCGCCGGGAGCAGGAGAAUAAAUACUUAGAGGAGCUGGCGGAGCUGCUCUCGGCAAACAUUGGUGACAUCGACACCCUGAGUGUCAAGCCAGACAAAUGCAAGAUUCUAAAGAAGACGGUCGACCAAAUCCAGCAGAUGAAGAGGUUGGAACAAGAGAAAACAGCUGAUGAUGACGUCCAGAAGUCUGACAUCUCAUCCAGCAGCCAAGGAGUGAUCGAAAAGGAAUCUCUGGGACCUCUUCUCCUGGAAGCACUGGAUGGCUUUUUCUUUGUUGUGAAUCGUGAGGGGAGGAUUGUGUUCGUGUCUGAGAAUGUGACCAGCUACCUGGGUUAUAACCAGGAGGAGCUCAUGAAUACCAGUGUCUACAGCAUCCUGCACGUAGGGGAUCACGCGGAGUUCGUCAAGAAUUUGCUGCCAAAGUCUCUAGUAAAUGGAGUUCCUUGGCCUCAGGAAGCAACCAGACGCAGCAGCCAUACCUUCAGCUGCCGGAUGCUGAUCCGCCCCCCUGAUGAGCUGGGUGCGGAGAACCAGGAGGCUCGCCAGCGCUAUGAGGUGAUGCAGUGCUUCACCGUGUCCCAGCCCAAAUCGAUCAAAGAGGAAGGAGAAGAUUUCCAAUCCUGUCUGAUAUGCAUUGCACGGAGAUUACCUCGACCUCCAGCUGUCACCAGUUCAGAAUCUUUCAUGACCAAGCAAGAUACUACAGGUAAAAUUAUCUCCAUUGACACCAGUUCCCUAAGAGCCGCAGGCAGGACUGGCUGGGAGGAUUUAGUGCGGAAGUGCAUCUAUGCUUUCUUCCAGCCUCAGGGCAGAGAGCCAUCUUAUGCCAAACAGCUAUUUCAAGAAGUGAUGACACGUGGCACGGCCUUCAGUCCAUCGUAUAGAUUCACGCUGAGCGACGGGACGGUACUUAGCGCCCACACCAAGUGUAAGCUCUGCUAUCCUCAAAGCCCAGAAAUGCAGCCUUUCAUCAUGGGCAUCCAUAUCAUUGACAGGGAUCACCACAUGCUCUCUCCUCAAGAGAACACUAACUCUGGAAUGCCCCUUCCCCGUGUCAGCUCUGCGCUGCACCCUAGCAUGUCCCCAGGGCAAGGCAUGGUUCUCUCAUCCGCCAUCCCUCCAUCCAAUAGCAGCAUGUUGGCGACCAAUGUAAAUCAACAGCCAGGCUCUGGCCUCCACAGCAGCAAUUCCAGCACCGGCCAGACAAGCUUUGGGUGUUCACCUGGGAAUCAGAUCGGAGCCAAUGUUGCCUUAAGCCAGGGACAAGCUGGUCCCCAGAACAAUAACCACCUUUUAAACCUCAGUAGCUCUCCCAUGAAUAGUCCAGGGAUUACCCCAGCACAGUUCAUGUCUCCUAGGCAUCGGGUUAGCCCAGGAUUGGUACCAAGGCCCAGAAUGCCAAGCAAUCCUUUCUCUCCUACAAUGCACUCCCCUGUGAGCAUGGCGAGCAGUGGCUGCAGCAGCGGUGGCAGCAGCAACAGGCCUUUCCCCAGUGCCCCGAUAAACUCUGUGCAGGGGCUUAAUGAAGGCCCUAGCACCCCCAUGGGCUACUCCACGCCGCCUCCCAUUCUGAGGCAGCCGAGCUCCCAGAACUCGCCCGGCCGGCUCAGCAUGCAACCUGUGAAAACGGAGCCGAAAGACAGCAAGGAGAUUGCCUCCAUCCUGAGCGAGAUGAUACAGUCUGACAGUGGCUCGAGCGAUGGCAAGCCACUGGACUCAGGCCUGCUACAUGCCAGUGACAGACUCUCAGAGGGAGACGCUAAGUGCUCCCAAGCCACCAGCCACAAGCUGGUUCAGCUCCUGGCCACAACGGCAGAACAACAGCUGCGGCACACUGAUGCAGACACUAGCUGCAAAGAUCCCUUAUCCUGCACGGGUGCCUCUGGGAACCCUCCAGGCAACACGUGUCCCUCUUCCCAUAGCUCCCUCACAGAGCGGCACAAGAUCUUACACCGGCUCUUGCAGGAGGGCAGCCCCUCUGACAUCACCACUCUGUCCAUGGAGCAUGACAAGAAGGAUACUGCGCCAAACGCUGCCGCCACCCCUACCUCUCAGAGUCAGAUCCCGGGGACCCCUGAAAUCAAACUGGAGCCAGAGGCCUUGAAGAAAAAGGAGUCCAAGGACCAUCAGCUCCUACGCUACCUACUAGACAAGGAUGAGAAGGACCUUGCUGCGGUCCCGGCCCUGAGUCUGGAUGACGUGAAAGUGAAAGUGGAGAAAACGGAGCAGAUGGAUCCGUGCAAUACAACUCCGGCCUCGCUGACCAAGCCCUCUGCUGCAGAGGAAGUGAAGCUAGAGUCGCAGGGCCAGUUUGCUGCUGAACUCGACCAGCUCGAUCAGCUGCUGCCUUCAUUGGAGAAAGCAGCCCAGUUACCAGGCUUGUGUGGGACGGAUAGAACCGAAAGCAGCAUGGCCAGUGUCACGGUCAAACCUGAGAUUCUGGCAGCCCCGCUCCAGCCCAACGCUGCAGCAAGAACUCCAGUGGGGCUUAACAGAUUGUCUGAACUGGAGUUGGGAGUCUCUGAUCAACAGUUUGGACAGCCAGGAAUGGGUGACCAGAUUCCAUGGACAGACAACCCCAUGGCCUCCAUGAACCGAGUAUCUUUGAAUAAACCAGACGACCAGUGUAUCGCUUCCCAGCUGGACGAACUCCUAUGCCCCCCCACCACGCCGGAGGGCCGGAAUGAUGAGAAAGCCCUCCUCGAGCAGCUUGUGUCCUUCCUGAGUGGCAAAGAUGAAACCGAGUUGGCGGAAUUGGACCGAGCUCUUGGGAUUGACAAAUUGGUCCAGGGGGGCGGCCUGGAAGUGCUGACUGACAGAUUCCAGCCACAGCAAGCGACACCGUCUCUUCUAAUGGAUCAGAAGCCUGGCCUGUACACCCAGCCUUAUUCUUCUGCUUCUCCUACUGCUAAUCUCCCCAGCCCCUUCCAAGGCAUGGUCAGGCAGAAACCUUCUUUCGGGCCCAUGCCGGUUCAGGUACCUCCGCCCCGAGGGGCUUUCCCCACCAACAUGGGAAUGCAGCCACGGCAGACUCUAAACAGGCCACCAACAGCGCCCAACCAGCUGAGACUUCAGCUGCAGCAGCGGCUACAAGGGCAGCAGCAGCUGAUACACCAAAAUCGGCAGGCGAUCCUGAACCAGUUUGCAGCAAAUUCUCCAGUCGGCAUCAGUAUGAGGGCAGGCAUGCAGCCUCAGAUUACGCCUCAGCCACCUCUGAAUGCACAGAUGCUGGCCCAGCGCCAGCGAGAGCUGUACAGCCAGCAGCACCGGCAGAGGCAGCUAAUGCAGCAGCGAGCCAUAUUAAUGAGACAGCAGAGCUUCGGGAACAACCUUCCUCCCUCGGCUGGACUCCCAGUGCAGAUGGGGGCAGCUCGCCUCCCCCAGGCACCCCCACAGCAGUUCCCCUAUCCCCCCAACUACGGUACAAAUCCAGGAAACCCUCCCACCUCCACCAGCCCCUUUUCACAGCUGGCAUCGAACCCUGAGGCAGCACUGGCCAGUCGCAACAGCAUGGUGAACAGAGGGAUGAUGGGGAACGUUGGAGGGCAGUUUGGUGCUGGGAUGACCCCUCCCAUGCAGCAGAACAUCUUCCAGUACUCGGGGUCAGGCAUGGGUCAGCAAAGUGAGCCUGCAUUCGCUCCAUCACUCAGCCCCAGCAGCCCUCUGAUGUCGCCGCAGAUUCCUCCUUCGCAGAGCCCCAUGCUCCAGUCAGCUCCGCCGACCCCUGGAUACCAGUCCCCAGACAUGAAGACUUGGCAGCAAGGAACAAUGGGGAAUAAUAAUGUAUUCAGCCAAGCUGGGCAGAACCAGCCCACGCCUGCGCAGCAGGGAAUGUACAACAACAUGAGUAUCACCGUGUCCAUGGCUGGAGGAAACACGAACGUCCAGAACAUGAAUCCAAUGACUGGACAAAUGCAGAUGAGCUCACUGCAAAUGCCCGGGAUGAACUCCAUGUGCUCUGAGCAGGUAAAUGACCCAGCGCUGAGACCCACCGGCCUUUACUGCAACCAGCUUUCCUCCACUGACCUUUUGAAAACAGAAGCAGAUGGGGCGCAGCAGGUACAACAGGUUCAGGUGUUUGCUGACGUGCAGUGUACAGUGAAUCUGGUAGGUGGAGACCCUUACCUGAACCAGCCUGGUCCAAUGGGCUCGCAGAAAAGCACGACAGGUCCUCAGACCCCUCAGGCCCAGCAGAAGAGCCUCCUUCAGCAGCUACUGACUGAAUAACCUCUUUUAAAGGAAUGUGAAAUUUAAAUAAUAAGACAUACAGAGAUAUAUAAAUAUAUAUAUAUAUUAUAUAUUUUUCUGAGAUUUUUGAUAUCUCAAACUGCAGCCAUUCUUCAGCUCUUAGUGUUUGGAGCAAAAAGGUUUUUUUCUUUCGGUUUUUUUUUUGUUUGUUUUUUGUCUUUCUGGGUUUUUUUUGUUUGUUUUUUGUAAAAGGCGUUGGAUGUUGGCAAAUAGACAAGGCAGGACAGUCGGUUUCUUGAGCCAAAAUUACAGAUGAUUCUUAUUUUUGUAAUCAGUUGCUGGCAUCUUACUCCAGAUGAAGGUUUCUCGGGGAAGUGGGGAAGGGGAUGGAGGAAGAAGCGAGUUGAAAGAGACUGCUUCGGAAGGAGGAAGAUCAUCUCAGUUUCAGCUGGAUCUGUCACUGAUUCGUGUCUCAGCCCAGUGGGAAGGUGGGGAAAGACACCGGACUUCUAUCAGAAAGGCUGUUUUUAUUCAUGCUUAAAAAACCCAAACACCUUUUCUCCCCUCUGCCCCAGCCCGCUUGUGCGUACAAUCAGCUUUUUCUAGCAAUCGUGAGUUUGUCAGUUUUAAAGAAAAACAGAGAGUAUUUUGACCCAUCAUUUUUUCCAUGUUUUAUGCUGGUGUUUAAAGCCUCCUAGCGAGAGAGGCCACAAUGUGUAUAUCACAUCGGGGAAAAUAAUAAUAAUAAGACAAAAAAAAGAACAGUUCGGGGGGGAAAAGCUGCAAUAAUUUUUAGGGGGAAGGAUGGAGGAGGAGGGGGAGGGUUCUGUCAAUUAUUGUAGAUAAACAUUUUCUGAUUAAAUAUUAAAUAAAAUUAAGCAGUUGUUUUUUUCUGCUUUGAUUGUGCUUAACAGCUGAGGUAGCUUAAACUAUUUAAAAUAAUAAUAAAAAUAAUAAAAAUUCAACUCUCUGAUGGGGGACAGCUUAUUUUUUCCCCCUCAAACCUGUCGCUGUACAUAGCUCUGAUGUCUUGUAUACAUUUGUUUUCUUCCUUUAGUUGCGAUCACUCUUAAGAUCAUCGCUUUUUAUUUGAUUUAUGAUUUUUUCCCCUUUUUCUAAAAUUAUGCUGGUGUGUGGAAAAUGUGUAGCUUUGUUGACUGACUGCAUUUGCAAGCGAUAAAAACAAAGAAAUGGA